CCGCUGGUCACCGCCGCCACUCCUUCCCGCCCAGUUCUCUUUCUGGUCGGGCCGGGCCCGGCUGGUUCCGCGAGCGCCCGCCAGACUGAGGGAGAGAGAGAGAAAGAGAGAGAGAAAAGAGAGAGAGAGAAAAGAGGGGAGGAGGAGGAGGACUCAGGGAAUAGGAGCUGGGGAGCCCUUCUGCGCCACAGGUAGAUGUUUUUCCAGCUGCUCAGUUGAGAGAAAACGUCUAUUUCUGGAUUCCUCUACACUUCCUAUUCACUAAGACUUGUAGUUGGUGAAAUCUGUUGUACUGAGCUGAAGUAAUCUUUGAACCAUACUAAGAUAAUGCAUUUUCAAGAGUCACACAGAUUUGUGGACCAAUAACAUUCUCCUGAAAGGCACUUACUUUUGGUGACACUGACCAGUUUCCACAAUGUACCAUUCCUUAUCUGAAACUAGACACCCUCUUCAGUCAGAAGAACAAGAAGUAGGCAUUGAUCCUUUAUCCAGUUAUUUGAAUAAAUCUAAUGGAGAUUCAAAUAAAAAUGGAAGAAGAGCAAAUUCAACCCUAGACUGUGAGGGGACUUUUAAUUCCUAUAGGAAGGAAUGGGAAGAACUGUUUGUAAACAACAAUUAUUUGGCAACUGUAAGGCAGAAGGGGAUUAAUGGGCAGCUGAGAAGCAGCAGGUUCCGCAGCAUUUGCUGGAAGCUAUUUCUUUGUGUUCUUCCUCAAGAUAAAAGUCAAUGGAUAAGUAGAAUUAAAGAAUUGAGAGCCUGGUAUAGCAGUAUUAAGGAAAUACAUAUCACAAACCCAAGGAAAGUUGUUGGCCAACAAGAUUUGAUGAUCAACAAUCCCCUUUCACAGGAUGAAGGAAGUCUUUGGAAUAAAUUCUUCCAAGAUAAAGAGCUUCGAUCAAUGAUUGAACAAGAUGUCAAAAGAACGUUUCCUGAAAUGCAGUUUUUUCAACAAGAAAAUGUGAGGAAAAUUCUUACAGAUGUUCUUUUCUGUUAUGCUAGAGAAAACGAGCAGUUGCUUUACAAACAGGGUAUGCAUGAGCUGUUAGCACCUAUAGUCUUUAUCCUUCACUGUGACCACCAGGCUUUUCUACAUGCCAGUGAGUCUGCACAGCCCAGUGAGGAAAUGAAAACUCUCUUGAACCCAGAAUAUCUGGAACAUGAUGCCUAUGCAAUGUUCUCACAACUCAUGGAAACUGCUGAGCCUUGGUUUUCUACUUUUGAGCAUGAUGGUCAAAAGGGAAAAGAAACUCUGAUGACCCCAAUUCCCUUUGCAAGACCACAGGAUUUAGGACCAACAAUUGCUGUGGUUACUAAAGUCAACCAGAUCCAGGAUCAUCUACUGAAGAAGCAUGAUAUUGAGCUCUAUAUGCAUUUGAACAGACUAGAAAUUGCACCACAGAUAUAUGGAUUACGGUGGGUGCGGCUGCUGUUUGGCCGAGAAUUCCCUCUGCAGGAUCUUCUGGUGGUCUGGGAUGCCUUGUUUGCAGAUGGCCUCAGCCUAAGUUUAGUGGACUACAUCUUCAUAGCCAUGUUACUCUACAUCCGAGAUGCUUUGAUUUCUAGUAACUACCAGACCUGUCUGGGCCUUCUAAUGCACUACCCACUCAUCGGGGAUGUCCACUCACUGAUUCUUAAAGCUCUGUUCCUUAGAGAUCCAAAGAGAAACCCAAGGCCAGUGACUUACCAAUUCCGUCCCAAUCUGGAUUAUUACAAAGCACGAGGAGCAGACCUUAUGAAUAAAAGCCGGAGCAAUGCCAAAGGCGCUCCUCUGAAUAUAAAUAAGGUCUCCAAUAGCCUGAUUAACUUUGGAAGAAAGUUGAUUUCUCCAGCAAUGGCUCCUGGAAGUUCUGGUGGUCCUGGGCCUGGCCCUGGGGGCAGCAGUGGCAGUUCUUCCUCUGCUGUGAACACCAACAGGACCUCCACAGAAGCAGUAAAACAUCAUUUGCAGCAGCAGCAGCAGCAGCAGCAGCAGCAGCAGCAGCAGCGGCUAAUGAAAUCAGAGAGCAUGCCAGUGCAGUUGAAUAAAGGCGAUGUAGUUACAGGAAGUGAUGCUCAGGUUUCUGCUCCUGUCCAGACUCUAACUGACCUCCAAGGGCAAAGUUCUAAAAACAUCAGUUCAUCUCCAAGCACUGAGAGUUUACCUGGGGGAAGGGAAUUCACUGGCUCUCCACCUUCAUCUGCUACCAAAAAAGACUCCUUUUUUAGCAACAUCUCCCGUUCCCGCUCACACAGCAAAACUGUGGGCAGAAAAGAAUCUGAAGAAGAAUUAGAAGCCCAAAUUUCCUUUCUUCAAGGGCAGCUGAAUGAUUUAGAUGCCAUGUGCAAAUACUGUGCAAAGGUGAUGGACACACAUCUCGUAAAUAUUCAAGAGGUAAUAUUACAAGAAAAUUUGGAAAAAGAAGAUCAAAUACUGGUUUCCUUGGCAGGAUUAAAGCAGAUCAAAGACAUUCUCAAAGGUUCCCUGCGUUUCAACCAGAGCCAACUGGAGGCUGAGGAGAAUGAGCAGAUUACUAUUGCUGAUGACCACUACUGCUCCAGCGGGCAGGGCCAGGAUAACCAAGGUUCCGGGACUAGCACGCAGGCUUCUUCAGAAACACCAGCACGCACAGACGGAGGGAAUUCUGAUGACUUCAUCUUAGUUUCCAAAGAAGAUGAGGGAGGCAGUGCCAAGGGUGCCUUCCCAGGCCAGGCCCAGGCUCUUCGCACCCUCAGAAGCACAGCUGGGAAGAGGCAGGCCCCAGCCUACUCCCCACUGGUAUUCUCAGACCCCCUGAUGGGUCCUGCCUCGGCUUCCUCCAGCAACCCCAGCUCCAGCCCUGAUGACGACAGCAGCAAGGACUCUGGCUUCACCAUUGUGAGUCCCCUGGACAUCUGACAACAGGGGCCCGACCACUACCUCAGUGGCCUCCAAGCUCCACCAGUGGAGACUCCACUGAAAACAGUGCUUCUUUCCCAGCAUGCAUUUGGCAUUAGUACAGCCUGUUGGGACCCUCUAGAAAGAAGCAAGUAAGGCCACAGAGCACAUAGAGUUAUAGUCACUGAAAUGCAGAUGGGACUUUCUGGACCACUGGCCCCAUGCCCCGUCCUUCCUUUGAAUUAGAGCUGGGCUAGGGACCCAGCACCAUACUCAAUAUCAGAAAAGCCCCAAACCACCAUCAGAACCAAUUUUCUUCCCCCCACAAAGAGGGUCCCACAGCUCUGUCAGCUACAUUCGGAAGGAGUAAAACGAGUUCAAAGUGAAAGUCAAACUUCCCUCCUUCAAAAGCAUGAGCCACAGGAAAACUGAUCGUCAAGAAAGCUUGUUCUAUGGAAAACUGCUUGCUUCAUUCCUACCUUGGGAAGCCAUAUAGCAGCGUUGGGUACAAUAAAACGAACUAGAAUGGCUGGAUUUCAGGGCUGAAACAACCUACUACCAACCUCUCAAAGUUAGGAUCUUUCACAGCAGACUGUAAACUUAAGAAUCAUACUUGGGUGUGAUGUGGUGUUAGGUUCUUCGAUUGGUUAACAAGCCUUGAUAACCUCAGACUGAGUGACUUUGUGGAUCACUGCUCCUCCUUAAACAAAUGUUUGACACCUUAUAGAACCUCUCAUGGUCACUGUCAGACAGCCUUUGCUGCAAUGAUUUCAGAAGUUGCAGGAAUAUUACUAUUUUUGAAUUGAAGAAUGUGACCCUAAGUUUAACUGUGGAAAACAGUUAAUUUUCUGACCAAGUCUCCCUAGUUACAGAGCUAGAUUUAUUUCUAAGAAGAAAAGCUUAGGGAAAACUAUGCUCAUUCUCAUCCAAAGUAAAGUGGCUGUGAUAGGGAACGAGAUCUGGAGUCCCUCUUUGGGAGCAGGGCUCCUAGAGAACAUUCCAGGUGCAAGGAGCAUGGCGAUUCCUACGCAGCCCUGCCCUUUCUUGGAGCUAAUACAGGAGCUUCCGAGCCUGUGCUCAGCUGUCAACUUUGAAUCCCAGCACUGCUGUCAGGACCAGGCCUGCUGUGCCAGCCCAUCCUGAGUUCUGCACAGAGACUCCACCUCAGCGGGUAGCUCAGGGAACCACAGCAGAUAUAGCAUUUGUUACAUGAACCUUCUCUCUUCUCCAAGAAGGGCCAUGGAAGGAAUACCUCUCUUCUUCCUGCUCUCUGCUGAGGUCAGUGGAGACUGCAGAUUGAUGUGGGGCCUGGUUCACCUCUGUGGAGAAGAGGCACCCUAGCAGGGAGGAACAAGCUCUGGGCAGUGGCAGCCUUCCAGGUACCUUUCUAUUAAAAUGAAAGGCUAAGUAGGAAGGCGUCAACACUGUCCUUCCCAUUGCUAACCAUGUGUUUUCUGCAGACAAGUGUGAUAAUGACAUGAUUUCACAUUCCAUCGCCAAGAAAAUGGUGAUGACUCUGGAGUCCGCUACCACAGAGGGAGUUCUAAUUAACUCUCCAAUUUGUUCUUCAAUGGUAGGAGAAGUCUCCUCUUGCCACAUCAACAUGUAGGCUGAAUAGUUAUAUGGUUUUGCCAGUUAACAAGAUGGGCUGGCCUUCCACCAGUGGACAGCUGUUUGGCUUUUGCACUAAUUAGCUCUUUGGGUCCUCAUUGGGACUGGUCCUGUCAGCACUGCUAAGUUGCUGCCAGCACAUAUCCCUGUGAAGAUACUUCGUGAACUUGAGUCCUCAUACACACAGUGAGCCUGAGGUUGCCAUUGAUCGCUUCCUUACAAAGAACUUGACUUGAGAAAAUGUUAGUGUUCUCAUUACUGAGGUAGGAAGUAAGACCCACAUCAGGGUCCUAGAACAGAGAUCAGAAAGGACCACAGUGGCAGUCUCUCACAGGCUACUGACAUGCUCUCCUUUGUCCUGAGAGAACUAUAACUCAAUGUCCCUGCUACAAAAGAGCCACUGGCCACCCACUAGAUCAAAACUAGGUUGAUCCUCUGCCUUUGCCUAGGCCUUUAGUGUCCCUAAGCCCCAAGCCCUGCCCAGAUGCUAGGAGUAGGUCCCCUCCACAGUGUGCUUCUGAGGCCUCAGUCAGCUCACCAACUUCUCAAAAAGGAGGGAAGCCAGGACACGAUUACAGUCUUGAGGCAUUCGUUUCUGCGUGACUUUUCAUUCUUCCUUGUUAAGCAUUGUUUGCAUUUGUAUUAGUUACAGUGCUAUUAAAUAAUGUGUUCAUUAUUUCAUCAGGUACUUAAGCUCAAUUGCACAUUCUUAAAAUUCUGAGUAUAUGAAACAUUCUUUAACAAUGUGGUAAUCAGUGGAAUCUCUCACAUUUUAUUAGCAUUUAAAUACAUUUUAUGUAUCAAGCUUAGAUUAACUCCAACUGAAACCUUUAUUUUUAUGUCCUUGUAUUUCAUGCAUUCCUUUCAGAUCAGAGUGGAAAUAGGAGUAAAGAAAACUUACCUGUGUUUUACAUAU